GCAGUGACUCUCUUUAGUCUCAUGUAUCCUGUAGGAUUCAGAUCACGACUAUGGGAGAACGGUGGCGAACAAGGAUGGAACUCCAAUCCUAAUAAGCGGAUUUACUAUUACGCCAACCAUCAAGAGCCACCCGAAGUGCCUCUGAUUUGGAGUCAAAGGUACGAUAUCCCAAGACUUGAUACUCUAAGGCAUUUUGAUAGGAAGCGUACUGAUGUUAAGCGUCUCUAGACUCUAUACCUCGAACCUCGCCAUCGCCAUUCUUGGGAUAGUCGUCUUCUUCGCCCGCACCGCCAUGUCACAUCUUCGAUACCUCCCCCGCUACGUAAAUAACAUCUACGAUACGAUCCUUCUCGCGCUCUGGGCAGUGAGCAUUGCGGGUCAAACGUCGAGCGACUUUACCGAUCCUGAACACCCAAGUCCACAUCCUUGGUACCUAACCAGAGGGUGCUCUGCGGCUUGGGACAAAACCCAAGGGUAUUGCCAAAUCGCACAGGCGAGCUUUGCCAUGUCAGUCAUAGCUGCGAUACUAUAUGGUGCGAGGUUGAUACGAGAGGCUAUGUUGAUAGCAUACGAAAGAGGGCAGCGUCACCAGUCGAAGUGGCCUGUCCAGGAUGUUCAAGAGGUGGAAUCAAUGGCGGGUGUAUAUGUGGAUGAAGAAGGGGAAUUCGAGGCCAAGUUAACAACAAAAGAAGGCUGGCAUAGUAUGGCUUUGAGUCCAGUUCUAGCAUUCUUCCCAUCCUCAGACAAUCGUUAGUAGAGAUAGAUCUGCUGGCCCAGUUGGAAACAGGCCACCAGCGGAGUUUGGGAUAGCACAUUCACAAUACAAGCAUGAUACAUCA